CGAACAUCACCCAAAAAGACUUAAUGCGAGUCUGGGAUCAGGUCUUCAACAUAAACCUGAGGGCAGUCGUCGAACUGAUCCACGAAUCGGUUCCGCAUUUGGAGAUCACUAACGGCACUAUCAUUGAUAUGUCGAGUUUGGCCGGAAUAGCGCCGUUUGCACAAACACUGGCCUACGGGCCCGCGAAAGCCGGCUUAGAUAUGAUCACUAGAGUACUGGCCCUCGAAUUGGGACCCAAAGGCAUUCGUGUCAAUAGUAUAAAUCCCGGAUGUAUACAAACAACUGACAAAGCGAACCCAAUAUACGAUACGGCAAAGACGGUGACACCACUCAAACGAUUGGGACAACCAUUAGAUAUCGCCAAAGGAGUGGUAUUCCUCGCCUCAAGUGAU